CAUAAACAAGAUAUCUAACGCGGAUUGACAAGGUGAAAGGGCAAACGGCGUUUGCAUCCUUUCAUCAUGAUACGUUUCUUUCGAUCGCGUCGAACGAAUUAUCAGUUAGUGGAGGAGUCGUCACAUAAACAAAUGGAAUAGAAUGGUGCGGGAAGAACCGCAUUUGCCCACCAGGAUCAUGUCCGUGGCUCAAGGUAAAGUAAUUGAACGAGAAAGCAUUUACGGAUCUCUUUAUAACAGACACGUUGAAGAAGAUCAAGACAGUAAUGAGGACGAGGAUAACGAAGGAGAUCAAAUACCUAAGAUCAGGAUUGGCAUCUGCGCCAUGAAUAAAAAGACAAGAGCUCAACCCAUGCAAGAGAUCUUGGGUCGAAUGUCAGCAUUUGAUUGUGUGGACAUCUUUGUGUUUCCUGAUGACAUUAUCCUGAAUGUUCCAGUGGAAGAAUGGCCCAUCUGUGACUGUCUGAUUUCAUUUUAUUCGAGUGGAUUUCCACUCGAGAAAGCUAUUGAGUAUACCAAGCUGAGGAAACCUUUCAGCCUUAAUGAUCUGGAAAUGCAGUAUGCUUUAAUGGACAGACCGACAAUGUACAGCCUUCUGGAGAGUGCAGGUAUCGAAACACCAAGACACGCAAUAUUGCUACGAGAUGACGAUGGAAAUCCCAGCAACACGAAAUUUGUCGAACUGGACGAUUCAGUGCAGAUUGGUGACAUGAUAUUCCAUAAGCCUUUUGUAGAGAAACCAGUCGAUGCGGAAGACCAUAAUGUGUACAUCUAUUUCCCUUCGAGAAUUGGUGGCGGGAGCCAGAGAUUGUUCCGAAAGGUCGGGGACAGAAGCAGCGUGUACUCGCCAGAAAGCUCGGUGCGGAAAAAAGGUUCAUACAUCUACGAGGACUUUGUGGUCACUGAUGGAGUGGACUUAAAGGUGUACACAGUGGGCCCAGAGUAUGCUCAUGCUGAGGCACGUAAGUCUCCUUCACUCGACGGAAAAGUUGAACGAGACAGUGAAGGAAAAGAAAUACGUUAUCCCGUUAUUCUUAACCAAUAUGAGAAAGAGAUGGCGAACAAAGUUUGCAAGAUAUUUAAGCAAACUGUUUGUGGAUGUGACUUUUUGCGCACUCAUGGAAAGUCAUACGUUUGUGACGUAAAUGGCUUCAGUUUUGUCAAGACAUCAAAGAAAUACUACGAUGAUGCUGCCCAAGUGUUGAUUGACCUGAUAGCACAUACACUGGCCCCUCAGUUGUAUAAGCCUUACAAUUUCGCAGUCCCUGAGGAGAUAGGGAAGGCUGAGGUUACGGAAGGCACCAUGUUAGAACUCAGAUGUGUGGUGGGCAUCAUCAGACAUGGUGAUCGAACUCCCAAACAAAAAAUGAAGAUGGAAGUACGACAUCCGAGGUUUGUUGAAUUGUUUAAGAGGUACGGUGGAUUUGAUAAGGUCGUGCCGCUGAAGUUGAAGAAACCAACUCAGUUAGAGGAAGUACUAAAUAUCGCCAGAGACUUGGAAGCCGACGUCAAGAAAGGAAAGCCAUUGUUUGAAAACCCUAAUAAAAUCUAUCAGCUGAAGACUGUACUUGAAAUGUAUAGUAAUUUUUCUGGCAUCAACGAAAAAAUUCAAUUUAAGUAUCUUGGCAAGCCACGCGACAGAAAAGACAGCGAGGUACGGGAAUCUAAAUGCAAGAACGGCGAGAGAGAAACAAGAAAGGAAACAAAAGAAAACGAGGCCCUGGUGGACAAGGAACAUUCUCUGCUCUUGAUCCUUAAAUGGGGCGGAGAAUUGACCAUGAUGGGGAAAGACCAAGCAGAAGAGCUAGGUCGUGCUUUCAGGAGUGUGUACCCUGGUAGCCAGGGCCAAUUCUCGGAAUUACCCGGUUGUGGUUUAUUGAGGCUUCACAGCACUUACAGACAUGACUUGAAGAUCUACGCGUCUGAUGAGGGACGAGUCCAAAUGACGGCUGCAGCAUUUGCAAAGGGAUUCCUUGCACUGGAAGGUGAACUUGCACCUGUGCUGGUUCAUCUGGUACGAAGCGAUAAAAACACAACAGAAAUGCUUGACACACCCAGUGACGCUUCUCGAAUACUGGGAAAAGUCAAGCACAGACUUCAUGAUCUACUUCACUCUGACGAGGAUUUCAAAGAAGAAGAUUUUGCCAAGCUUGCACCAACAAAGAAUCCAUCACUAAUCAAUGCCAUGAAAGCUAUCAAAAAUCCCUACAAAAUGUGUGAAAGACUUUACAAGUUGGUGCAGAGCCUGACUGGACAGUUAAAGGAGUUGAUUAAUCAGAAAGUUUAUGAUCCAAGAGACCCAUAUUUGUACCAGGGCGAAACACUCGAGCUCAUGAUGCACAGAUGGACAAAAUUAGAAAAGGAUUUCAAGCUUAAAAGUGGUCAGUUUGAUAUAAGCCUCAUACCAGACAUAUACGACUGUAUCAAGUAUGAUGUACAACAUAACAGUGAUCUAAACCUGGAAAAUAGUUUGGAGUUAUACAAGUGUGCCAAAGCCUUUGCCGAUAUUGUUAUUCCUCAGGAAUAUGGGAUCACAAAAGAGGAGAAGUUGGGUGUGUCCCAAAGUGUUUGCAUGAGGCUGUUGAAGAAGAUCAGAGGAGAUUUGCGUCAUGCCGACAAGACAGACAUCCAUACUCGUCUUAAUCCUGACUAUAUGCAGAGUGUUGAAGCUCCAAAUCGUCACGUGCGGACAAGGUUGUACUUUACUAGUGAAAGUCACGUACACUCGUUGGUAAAUGCCCUAAGAUAUGGAAACCUCUUUGAAGAAAUUCCGGAUAAUCAGUGGCAGAGUGCUGUAGACUUCUUAGCGGAAGUUCCAGAGCUAAGCUACAUGACUCAGAUUGUGCUGUUGUUGUACGAAGACCCCAAGGCUGAUCUGUUGUCUGAGAAGCGAUUUCAUGUGGAGCUGCAUUUUAGCCCCGGUGCUAAGACUAUAGAUGAUCCAGAGUUUUUAACAAGUGGUACCCCCAGGAGCUCCAGUACGACUUCUGUCCUUAGUUUUGCAACAACUGACACAGACCUGGAUGAAAUUGAAACAUUUGAGCCUUAUGAUGAAAGCGUUUACACCGGAAAUGAUACGCCACGGUCUGAGAUUGGACUUGAUGAUUACACUGAUGAUAGCACGAGCGAAGGUACCAAUCCUUCUUUAGUUGGCAGUGGAGAUUUCCAGCGCAGCUUUGAACGUUUAUCAGACAAAACCAAGCUCGUUGCUGGAAAGCGCGUCAGUUUUGAACUACCACGCGAAGGAGAAGUUCAGUUGAAUUAUUGUCUAAACCGGGCUGAUGAAUCAUGGACUCUCUUGAGCCUGCCGAGAAGAAGAGGUAACACUGGUUUAAGUAUUGUUGAAACUGAAAUUUCUUCAGAAACAGUCUCAAGAGUAACACCUGCAAUAGAAGACCCUUUACCCAUGAGGCCAAGUGCUCCGAUGAAACUAACCCACUCUCAAGACGUCCUUGAUGAACAACCAAAGGAAGAGGAAGGCGCUGCUAGCGAUAGUGGUACUGGAGAAGAAAGUAGUGGAAGAUCUCAAAAAUUUUCUGAAGACAUGUCUGUCGUCGUUCCUCACCAACGAGCGACUAGCUUUGAACUAGUGCCCGGGGAAGGAAACAACAAUCAUGUCGGAGAUCAACUACAAAAGUUUGAUGAGUCCUAUAUACCUUCCAUUGAAAGACCCUUAGCAAGAAGAUACAGUUUUGGCGUUUUAAAACCUCCGCCAGACGUAUUGAACCCAGGCAAGCGAAAGAUCAGCUUCGAUCUGGUGCGUGACGAUGGUAAAGGUUAUUUUUAUGGUCCCUCAGACCCAGCUGAUGAGUCUUCUACUCCAUCAAGAACAUCAACGAGUAAACAAAGUUCAGGAACGGCAAGUUCUGCUAUUUUUGCAUUACAAAGUCUCACCUAUGCUAUACAGAGUGCUUUGGUUGUAAGGCCCCAUCCCUGUACGAACCGCACUUCAAAGAGCCACAAGCCACCUAUUGCAUUGUGUUAUGAAGAAAUGACCAAAGUGGAAUCAUUGAACCCACUUCGCACACUACACAGUGCUGUUCCACUCAAAGAGAUGGACCGUUUCUUUGACACCUUAAUUGGGAAGAAACUUGUGUUUCCUACUCUUGCUUCACGCUCAAGGACUAUCUCCAAGGAGAGUAACUUCUCAGAAUUGUCCAAAGGAGCAAACGAAAACUUGGAUUCUUCAUAGCACUGAUUUAUCAUUAAGAGAGAUCUGCAACCACGGUUGACGGGAGCACCAUUGAAAAGAGGGAAAUUAAAUUUAUGCUGUCUGUCUUUCCUGUGACCGUUUAUGCAAUGUUAAAAAUAUGAAUUUGUUUUGCAAAUAACAUAUUUUUCAAGUGGAUUUACCACAAGGAUUAGAACAAAUCAUGAGAAAAUUAGCCAUUUGUGUGUGCAGCGUACGUAGUCUUUCUGGUGGUCAAUUAUUAUCAUCAACUCCAUUGAUAAAAGCAAACUAUCUUGUGAUAGCCUCCACCGAAGUUUGGAAACUCACUUUAUUCUCAAAGUAUGUGAAACCUCGUUACCAGGAUCACUCUUCUUCCCGGCUCGCCGAAGAAGAGAGAGUUUAGCAACUAGUUUGGUUGGGGUUAGUCAAUUUUCCCUAUCCACAGGCUCUUCUCAGUUUGUGACUCGUGCGCAGACAUGUUACAUAGAACUCCUUCCUGAUUUUUACCUUCCAAAGCUUUCCACAAUCGAGUAAGAAUAACCAAAAGUAAAGGAAAAAGACACAUUUGAACUUAAAAAACUUUGCUGCGCAACUUUCGGUUUUACUUCAAAUUCUGUAACUCAUGGCCUAUGACGGUACUGCCGAUCACACUUGCGCGUUCGCAAUUCUUUUUUCUUGGAAACUUCUUUUUUUAAGGGGUGAAGAUUUGAUAUAUAAAUAGUGAUUUAUUCUACAUGUUGUGAAAAUUGUUUAACUUACAUAGAUGUAUACAAGAGACUUAAUAAAUUGUAAUUAAUUGUAAAAUUGUAAGAUAAAAAUUAAUAUAUAAAAAUGACAACUUU